AUGCCCGCGCGAGGCGUGCGGGCGCUCAUGUCGCCCGUGUCGACGACAUCAACGACGCGGGCGCGCGGGCGCGUCGUCAGGCGCUCGGCGGCGACGACGAGCGGGACGAGCGCGGCGCCGGCGACGAGCGGCGAAAGCGCGACGACGACGGCGCGUAAAGACGUGCCCACGUUUCAAGAUGCGAUUUUAAGAUUGCAAGAGUACUGGAGCUCGCGUGGGUGCGCGAUCGUGCUGCCGCAUAACACGGAGGUUGGGGCGGGAACGAUGAACCCGGCGACGUUUUUGCGAGCGCUCGGACCCGAGCCGUGGAACGUGUGUUAUCCCGAACCCUCGGUGAGACCGGACGAUUCGCGAUACGGUGAAAAUCCGAACCGCGUGCAAAAGCAUACGCAGUUUCAGGUCAUCUUGAAGCCGGCGCCGGAGAACGUGCAGGAGCUGUAUUUGGGCUCGCUCGAGGCGUUGGGUAUCGACACCGGGGCGCACGACGUGCGCUUCGUCGAGGAUAACUGGGAGUCCCCGGUGCUCGGGGCGUGGGGGCUCGGGUGGGAGGUGUGGAUGGACGGUAUGGAGGUGACGCAAUUCACGUACUUCCAGCAGUGUGGUUCGUUGAAAGUGGCGCCGACAGCGGUUGAGAUUACGUACGGUUUAGAACGGAUUUUGAUGGCGCUGCAGGGUGUCGAUCACUUCAAGGAUAUCGCAUACAACGAUAUGAUGACGUACGGCGAGAUGCGCAUGCAAGAGGAAUAUGAAAUGUCCGUGUUCAACCUCGAUCAGGCGAGCGUGGAGACGCACCGCUCGCGGUUCGAAUUGGCGGAUAAGGAGGCGCUUCGCAUGCUUGAGGCGCGCCUUCCGUUGCCAGCGUUCGACAACUUGUUAAAGGCUUCGCACGCGUUCAACGUACUCGAUGCGCGAGGAGCUGUCGGAGUAACUGAGCGUCAAAAGCUAUUCGCGUCGAUGCGCAAAUUGGCGCGCGAAACCGCGCAGCUUUGGGUUGCGCGUCGCGAGGAGCUCGGGUAUCCACUCGGCCUGUCGGAGGCGCCGCCGGCCAAGUCUCUCGUCGAGAACACCGGUGCGAUCCCCACCGCACCGGCGGAUUGCGUCAUCGAGCUCGGCACUGAAGAAUUACCACCUCAGGACGUCACGAGCACGUCUCGUCAGUUUCACGAAGCUGUCGAUGCUUUGCUCAAGGCGGAGGGUUUGACGCACGCGGGCAUUUCCGUCGGCGCCACACCGCGAAGAUUCACGCUGAGCAUCAAAGCCCUGAGCGCAGGCCAAGCGAACGUGGAGGAACGCGUGCGCGGCCCGCCGUUAUCGCGCGCGUUCGAAGAAGACGGUACGACUCCGUCUAAGGCUGCCCAAGGAUUUUGCAAAAAGAAUGGCGUGGACGCCGGCGCAUUGGAAAAAGAUGGCGAAUACGUGUGGGCCGUGGUGAAGAAGGAGGGACGUUCAGCCGUUGCUGUCCUCGAAGAAGCUUUGCCGAAGAUUAUCGCGGCGAUCAACUUCCCGCGUGCCAUGAGAUGGACCACGAACUCGGAAGCUGCGUUCUCGCGGCCGCUCCGUUGGCUCUUCGGCGUCCACGGCGACCAUCACCUGACGUUUGAGGCUCUCGGCGUGCACAGCGGAACGACGACGCGUUUGUUGCGCACUCGAGGCGAUGUAACCGACACAUACUCUGCGGCUAAUGCAGCGGAAUAUCACGCCUUACUGGCGAAGGAUUCGAUCGUACUGAGCUUUGAAGAUCGUAUGUCGAGCAUCUGGAGCGAGGCGAAAGCUGCAGCGAAAACCGUCGGCGGCGAAAUCCCCGAUAGCGCCGGCGAGGGCUUGCUCGAGGAAGUCGCCAAUUUGGUCGAAGCGCCCAAUUUAGUCAUGGGAGAUUUCGAAGAAGCGUUUUUGACGCUCCCAAAGGAAGUGUUGGUGAUGGUUAUGCGCAAACACCAGAGAUAUUUCCCCGUCGAAGGCGCGGACGGAGCGCUCAAGCCGCACUUCAUCACCUUUGCCAACGGUUCUUGCGACAAAGGCGUGGUGAAGCACGGCAACGAGGCCGUGCUUCGAGCGAGGUACGAAGACGCUAAAUUUUUCUACGAGACCGACCUGAACAAACCGUUGGCUGAGUUCAAGCCCGAGCUCAGUGGUAUCACGUUCCAACAAGAACUCGGGAACAUGUUGGAAAAGACUCAACGCGUCGAAGGCUUGGUCGCGGACGUCGCCGCAGCGCUCGGAUACGGACCUGAUGUCGUCGCUCCAGCCACGGUGGCGGCGGGUUUAGCGCGUGCAGACUUGGCGACGGCCAUGGUGAUGGAACUCACCGCGUUGGCUGGGACGAUGGGCCGUCAUUACGCGCAGAAAGAAGGCUUGCCCGCGAAUGUGAGCGAAGCCAUCUUCGAAGCGUGCUUGCCGCGAAGCGCGGGCGAUGCCCUCCCGAGUACCCCAGCAGGGAUCACUGUCGCCGUUGCCGAUCGUCUCGACACUCUUAUUGGAUUGUUCGCCGUGGUCGGUGGCCCGAAGGCUUCUGCUGAUCCCUUUGGUCUUCGUCGCGCGGCGUACGGCUUGGUUCAAACCAUCGUGAAUUCAGGAGCGACGUGUGAUUUGCGCUCGCUGAUCGAACUCGCUGCGGCGAAGCAACCAGUGGAGGUUUCAAAUGAGCGCAUCGAGGAGUGCGUGACGUUCAUCACGCGUCGUUUGGAGCAAUUAUUCAUCGACGCUGGUAACGAUGUCGAGUGCGUGCGUGCCGUUUUGAAGGAACGCGGCGGCAGUCCGGCGCUGGCGAGCGCGUCCAUCUCUGAGCUCGUCGCCGUGGACGGAAAGGCGCUCGAGACUUGCGUGCGCGUCCUCAGCCGACCAACCCGCUUGGUUCGAGGCAAAAUGGGCGCCAACGCGGACUUGCGUAUCAACGAAGCGAGCUUUGAGUGCGAAGAAGAGCGAGCUUUGCACGCGGCGUACGUCGCCGCUCGAGCCAAAAUUGUCGACGGGUGCUCGGUGACCGAUAUGAUCUCCGCCGUGUGCGAAAUGGACAACGCCGCGACAGCAUUCUUCGACAACGUAUUUGUGAUGGCGGAUGAUGCUGAGUUGAAGCGCAACCGCAUGGCGCUGUGCGCUGCCGUAGCCAGUUUGCCGUCAGGCGUUUUAGAUUUCGCCGAGCUUCCGGGGGGUCUAUAGGAAUUCAUUAGCUGCGCGAAGCUUAGUGUGAUAUUAUACAUUUCAUUCACAUUGAAGAUCUAAA